UGUGCUAAUCUUCAAAUGGUAGUCGGAAGAUGUGCUAAUGGAGUUCCACCAACUUUUCCCAUGGAUGAAGAGCUAAUAUGGCUUUGUUUGGUCAAUCACCUACAAAGAUUGGGGUUAGCUGACCAUUUUACACGUGAAAUUGAAGACAAUUUGGCCAUGAUUUACUGGAAUUACAAAACUCGAGAGUCACCAGAAAAGUCAGGCAAUAAUGCAGAUGUGGCAAUCCAGUUGCACAAAGAUUCUUUAGCAUUUCGACUACUCCGCAUGCAUGGUUAUACCGUAUCGCCUGGUCGAUUAUGUUGGUUCAUGAACAAUGAGAAAGUUCGAGCUCAUAUCGAAGAAAAUCACGAAUACUUGUCAAUCUCCAUGCUCAAUGUUUAUAGAGCCACAGAUCUUAAGUUUCCAGGAGAAGAUAAGCUCGAGGAGGCGAGAUCCUUUUCUAGGAAAGUGUUGGAGAAAAUUGCGUUGAAAGAUACUAGCUUUGGAUGUACCGGGCUGAAGAAAAUGAUGGAGCAUGAACUGAGAUUUCCAUGGAUCGCUCGACUGGAUCGUCUGGACCAUAGAGCAUGGAUCGAGGACAGCAAUAAUACCAUUUUGUGGGUAGGCAAGACCUCCUCCCACAGAUUGUCAACCCUGUUAAAUAAGAAGCUAUUGCAACUUGCUGUGGCGGAGUAUGAGUUUAGACAGUCAACAUACAGGAAUGAGUUGGAGGAAGUUACACGGUGGUCCAAGAGCAGGGGUAUGAGCGACAUGGGAUUUGGCCGAGAAAGAACUACGUACUGUUACUUUGCCAUUGCUUCCAGCAUCCCAUUGCCGUAUGACUCUGAAGUUAGGAUGAUAAUCACAAAAAGUGCCGUUGUGAUAACCAUUGCCGACGAUUUUUAUGAUACGGAAGCUUCUUUCGAUGAAUUGAACAGCCUCACCGAUGCAAUCGCAAGAUGGGAUGCUAAGGGAUUGAGUGGUCACAGUAAGACCAUCUUUAAUGCCCUUGAUGAUCUCGUCACUGAAAUUGUAGCUAAAGUUCUGCAUCAGAAUGGAAUUGAUAUCACAUUUUUUCUUCAGCAGACAUGGUAUGAAACGUUUAAUUCAUGGCUUGUGGAGGCGGGGGCAAAGUGGAGCAUGGGUGGAUUUGUUCCAUCAACAGAAGAAUACCUUGGAACUGGAAUGGUAUCCAUUGCUCUACAUACCCUUGUUCUUCCAGCUUCGUAUCUGUUGAAUCCAAGCCUAACAGACUGCAAAGUUAGGGCAGGGGAAUACCAGCCUGUUACCAAAUUGUCAAUGCUUAUACCUCGUUUACUCAACGAUAUACAGAGCUAUCAGAAAGAACAAGAAGAAGGGAAAAUGAACUAUGUUUUACUGUAUAUGAGAGAGAACCCCGGAGCAGACAUCGAAGAUUCGACUGCCUAUGUUCGAGAAAUACUUGACAACAAGUGGGGAGAGUUUCUCCAACAUGUUCUGAUGGAUGAUAGAUUGGGAGAAUUGCCAAAAGCAUCCAAGUUUCUCCACUUAUCAUGCGUCAAGGUGUUCCAGAUGUUCUUCCAUUCGAGCAACAGAUAUGAUUCCAACAUGGAUAUGCUUCAAGACAUCCAAAAGGCAAUAUAUAUCCCUCUAGAUAUUGGAUAGAUUGAGCUACCUACCUCUUCAUUUGCCUACUAUGUCUAUAUGUUAUGUAAG